GAUUCUCUGUGUUGUUACUGCGCGUGCUGCACUGCAUUUGAGAUCUCAUUUGCACAGUCAAGAUGGCGACUUCCAUGAGUGUAUUUAUUUUUGUGACUUGUUUGUCAUUGCUUUGCACCUAUGUAUUAGGUGAAGGAAGGUUUCUACUAGCCCAUGUUCCAGAAUACCUCAAGGUUCAAACAGAUGAAGGUCCUAUCAAUGCCAAUGAAAUCCCAGAUUUAUUCCAAUUAGCUUUAGGAUUUUCAAGUUCAAAGCCUUUAUCAUGGCAUGGGAUGUCAGCCGGAAGUAUCUUCAGAAGACCCAAAGCUGGUGUUCUAAUCACUGUAGAAGAGAUUCAAGGCACAGAUGCUCUCAAACCAUCAGCUCUUCAAUCCAUUCCUAUAAAACAGGUGCAACCUGGUAGUCUAACUCUAGACUCUGUAAAGGAUAAUAUUAUCAACAUGUAUGGAAAAAGCAAGCCUGUUUCAGUAGAACUAGUAGCAGGUGCUGAGUUCAUUCGGUCACCAGAAGAGUUCCCAAAGCUUUUUGAGGGUCUUCCUCCACUCAGGCUCGACAGGAUGAUGCCCCUGCUGAAAGGAAGUACAUCGGUGACCCUCCAACUUUCACCUUUGACCCUAAACCUGACCCACCAGUCUGAUGUCAACUUCUUCAGUGAGCUUCAGAUAAUGCAGGAAGUCCUACUAAAGCUGAAGGCAAACAGGGCUGUUGUUGAUGAUAAUGUGCCAGACGUCUACUCCUUUGAGCUGUCAGGGUUCAGGGCUCUGCAGUCCGAGUAUGGCCCAGACUCGGCUCAGGUCGCUGACGCUAUGAACGUUCUAGCUGACUUUAUCCAACAGUGGGGACGUGAUAUGAUAGAGCUUUACGGUGAGGAUCUGUUUAUGGGCGUGGCUACCGUUCCCAUGGAAGCGUUCAUGCACAGACAGGGACGAUCCCUCAUGCAGGCUACAAGCACAACAACAGCAGCACCUACAAAUGCUCCAACAACCACCAAGGUUAAUCCAGCUACCACUGCUGAGCCAACCCAAGCCCCAGCCACCAACAUCACACCGUCGGCGCUGAACGUGGCACCAUACUACGACGAGACCUUCCCCGUCUUCUUCAACAUUUUCCUCUGGAUGGGCAUCAUCCUGGUGAUCGCAGUCGUGGUCGUCGCCAUGAUGCUGGGUAACAUGGAUCCUGGUGACUCCAUCAUCUACAGAAUGACCAGUCAAAGGAUCAAGAUUGACUAAUUAAUCUAGAUUGUUGAAAUAGAUAGGCUUAUGUAUUAUCAUAUAGGGGGUAUUGUUAUUAGUUAAAUUGGAAGGGUUUCUGGUAGAUUUUGUUUACAUGUUAUCCCUGGGGUUCAGUCUGUUAUACAUAUAUGUUUAAAAUGCCAAAGAGAUUCACCUUUGUAAUAAACAAUGGAUUAACUCCCAUUGGACUGACUAAAAAGAGAGAAGUUAUUACCCGAUUAAAGAUGCUUGCCUGACAUUGCAAGUGAAAAUCGGUGGUAGAAAAUUCACAGGGGCAUACAUGUAUGCAAGUGGAGAGUGCAUGCUUCACACACUGAAGUCUAAUUUAUAUCAUGUCUUGUUGAGGAAUCUUGUUCAGGCAAUCUGGUAGAGUACAUUACCCUAUUUUGUAGUACAUUACUCUUAAGUACGAGAGGCAUCUGACCAGACUGUACAUGUAGGAGAAUCACAUUAAUUUUUCAAUGAAAAGUAUACAUGUAGUAAUUAAAAUGUGCAAUUCUGUCAAUUUUUUUUGUUAUCAAGCACUUUCCUGCAGUGAUGCAGGAAUUUAUUCAUUAUUUAGCUACAAUGUUGACUUUGUUCAUUCUCUCAACUUCUCCAGUAUUAUGAAUAAAAACAUGUGCAUUUGUGCUGGUAAAGAGAUGAUUUAUAUUGCCAGAAUCAGAAUUUAUUACUAGUUGCUUAGCAUCAGAAAGGGGUAAAAUACAAAUAUUGAGGACAGAAUGUUUAAGUCAUUGCUCAUUCAUUGUAUCCAUAUUAAUCCAUAUCCAUAUUAAUCAUGAUUGAGUAACAGGUGUCUCCGGCUACUAGAAUAUUGGACGAAUGCAAUAAUAGGACAGGUAAAUAAAAAAAAAUAUUUUGUACUAUGUACUAUACUAUAGAUGGGAUGCUUUUAAAAACAAAAGUUUGUGCGUGCCGCAUCCUCUUUCAAGAAACCUGUAAAGUGUCUUUCACUACAGCUUUCUCAUUCAUGUAUUCUCCGUUGGGUUGUUUUUGUUGAAUUGAAGGAAAAAAAGCGGGAUUCCCUCAGAAAGAUGGGGUCAGCUUUUUGCUGGAGCACCUGAUAGGUAUUCCAACCAUGCUCUAGUAUUGAUAUGCAUUUCAUGGCUCGGCCGAUUAAACCUCAUAUCUCCAAAUUUGAAUGAAGCUUAGAAGAGGCUGUAUUUUAAAAUAUAGCGAUGUUGGCAGUCUCAUAUGAAAACGGUCUCCUGAUUUCUGUGAAGAACUCUUUCGAGGCAAUAAAAGGUUGCUACCCAUGUUAAAGUAUAGGUUACACUUCGUAAUUCCGAAGGUUCUUUAUUCCGAAGGUUCGUAAUUCCGAAACACGUAAAUUGCCUAUACCUCAAUGUUCGUUAAUCCGGAAACGUAAAAGGGUUCGUUAAUCCGAACAUUUGUGGCGUUAUUCCGAAGGUUCCUUAUUCCGAAGGUUCGAUAAUCCGAAAACGAAAUAAGGUUCGUUGUUCCGAAGGUUCGUUAAUCCGAAAACAAAAUAAGGUUCGUUAGUCCGAAAACGAAAUAAGGUUCGUUAGUCCGAAAACGAAAUAAGGUUCGUUAAUCAUUUCGUUUUCGGACUAACGAAGCUUCGGAAUUUCGAACCUCAUUUCGUUUUCGGAUUAACGAACCUUCGGAAUUACGAACCUCACUUCGUUUUUCGGACUAAGGAACCUUCGGAAUUACGAACCUUCGGAAAUAUGAACCUUCGGAAUAACGAACCUUCGGAAUAUCCGAACCUUCGGAAUAACGAAACUUCGGAAUUACGAAUGUAUGCGAAAGUAUAACCCUAAAACUAGCUUUUUCUGAGCUGUCAUCAAAACAUUUACAUUUUUAGGUACGAGGUUUUAUCAGGGUAUUGUGGAUAAAUUUUUAUGGCUGUCAUAGCUCUCUUUUCAAAACAGAUUUGAUUUGGUCUGAAAGUUGAUAUCCCCUAACAUCUUAUACUAUAUCUACUCUGUCAAACUACCAUUUCUAGGUUACACUACCAGUAUAUUUGAAUUCAUUGCAUAUAAUGGAAUUGUACUGAGAAGGAUAUUUCUAUCAUAUCAUAUUUUGACAUUUGAUACCAUAUAUACAUUAAGUUGUGUGUAAUAAUUUUUAGUUAGGUAUAAAUUAUUAGGAUAUAUGAUCACAGACAUGUACACUGAAUGAUAAGACAUGUCUGUGAGGUUUUGUUUUUCUUAUUUUUUUUUCUUUUUGCAUGCAUUCUAAUUAAAGAAAUAAGUGAUGAUAUUUGAAUGGUUCUCAGUGGAUAGUUAAAUCAAUGUUUUUAUGCAAGUAUUUUUGUUAACAGUUAAACCUUAUAUAAGAUUCACACAAUAUAUAUGAGGAUAAAUAUGUGUAUAUCUGUGGUAUAUGUACAAUAUAUAUAUACCCAUACAUCCAUCACUGGCCUAGCAAAUGAAGUUUGAGCACCCAUAUCAGGCUUUUGUAAUUUACGUCUUGUGCAAUUCUUUGAAAAAUAUAUAUUUUAGUGUAAAUGGUUGGCCCAAGUAAAAAAAAAAACAUGCUUACAGUAUGUGACACAUUCAUAUUUCCAUUCUUUAUUAUUUAAAAAAUCUUAUUGUAUGAGGUGUAGUCUUUAUUGUUGAUUCCUUUGUAAUUUCUAGUAAAAAAAUGUUGAAGCAAUACACUAUUAUGUACUUGUGUACAUUUGUUGAUUCUUUACGUACACAGAUUUAAAGCCAAUUGAUACAUAUGUCAAUAUUUGUAAGUGUGUAUGUUAAUGCAAACAUGAAUCGAAAAUUCAUUAUUGGAAGGUAAAUUUCAUGUUUGAAGCUAUAUAUAUAUACUAGUCAGCAUUCCAUUUCUCUGUACAUGUUUAUCAGUUGUCAUCAUAAACAAAAGUAAUUUUUGGUGGAAUGUAAUCAUCACGUACAUGUAUCUAGGUAUUAUGUCUUAAUAUUUGAAAACACAUGGAAAGUACUAUGAUAUUAUUCGCCCCUGUCACAUAUUACCAUGUAAUGAUACAUUCUGGUAGAUAAAAAGAUUCAUUAACUUUGAUAAUUAUUUCCUACACUAGUUUAUGGAUGUAUUGGGAUCCUGGGAGAUGGUGCUAGAUUUGAUAAGUCCACCCCACAUCUUACGACUGGUGUACAAUCUAAUUUGGAAGAAACAUAAAUUUGCAAAUUCUGAUUAUGAGAAAAUGGAAUGAACUCAAUUAUUUCUGAUUUGAGGUUCUGAUUAUCUAUGAGAAAACAAAUACAUGUAUCAACAUUUUGAUUAAUUUCAAACCUGAAGUUCGGAGAAAUGGCUGAACUGGCGUUGAAUCCUAGCUCAUCCUACGAUUUGUGUAACAUCAUAAUGAUUAGUAUUCUGAUUUGCUCCAUACCUCUUUGUCGAAGAAGGAAUUAUGUAGUCAUAUAUUUUCAUUUAAGCAUCAAUAUGUUCCAUGCUCUAAUCUUUGCAUAAAAUGUUACACUGUCUUUUAAGAACAAAGAGAAAUCGGUCAUAAACCAUACUUGGUGUGUAGCCAUGAUUAAUUAAACUUGCAGACAUGCAACUCUGAUGAAAAUUGUUUAGAUUAUAUCAUUCCAUGGCAAUAUGUGACAGGGCCUUAAUAUAGAGGUUACCUCUGUAUAGCUCUUGUGAAUAUAAUAAUAUAUGUCAAGUAUCAUAGAAGAGUAUGAUUGUCAUGUUAUUUGAUGACAUUGGUUAUUUCAUUGUUUGCAUGUUUGAGUCUUUGAGAUAUGGAAUAAUAUAUAUUAUAUGGACAAAAAAUAAUAAUUAUGUGAUGUCACAAUA